UACACUGCCUCAAAAUUUCAGAAAAUUCAAAUUUCCCUCUGUUAUGCAAUUAGCGCCUCUUAUACGCUGCCAUUUCGCUCUGAACAAAGACUAAAAUCAUCGAAUCUUCAACACAUCUAACUCUACCGCCCUGUGAUCUAUGGGUGCUCCGAAUUUGGAAAGCUUCCAGAUUACUGUAUGGUAUUCCACUCUACACGCUGUUCCAGAUUUCAUGGGUGCUUUGUUCGUAAGUCGAGGGAGUGGGUGGCCAUUGAAGUCGUCAUCGUACGAAGGAGAUACCUUGCUCUUUUUGUGCUACCCAUCAAGCGUACCGUGUGGAAUGCAUUGCGGAUUAGGAGCCAGACAUCUUACUUCUUCCAAGGGACUGCCUAUUCGUCUGUCUAACAUACCAUGCAACAAAGAUAGAUUCUCUUCUAUCUGCACACACAAGUUCUUACCCUUGGCAUACAAAUAUUCAAUGGGCUCAGCAGAAUCAAGUAAUCACUUUCUCUUCCUACUACGUUCACAACCUUUGCCAACAUCAUCACUAUCAGCAAUUUUGACAUUAUUUUCCCACCACAGCAGAUUUUUCACAGCACCUCAAUUUAGUAACUUCGCCAGACAAGUUGGAUAUUGUUGGUUGUGCAUUCAAGUUCUCUUCGCCAGACAGCACCUCAAUUUUCUAUUGCUAUAGAAAAUUAUAUGAAUUGUGCUGAUAUUAAUGGGACCUUCAACUCCUACCUUACUAAUAUCUUAAUCAUAAUAAUCCUGCUUAUCCUUUUUGUCAUUGACAUUGUCUCAUUCUAAUUUUCUACUGUGGUCAAAUGACUCUAAUUCAUACCUCUUUUUUUUUUAUCUCUACAGCACCAUCGUAUUCAUUAUCCUCAUCUUCCCCCUUGCCUCGAAAAACUAAAAAAAAAAAAAAAAAAAAACCCUUUUGAAUA